CCACCACCACCAUCACCACUCCUGCUCCUCCUCUCCUCUCCUCUCCUCCUCCUCCUCCUCCUCCUCCUUCACCUCUCCUCUCGAGACUGAAAACACCAUCGCUCAUUCCCAGCCGUGACAUCUCCCAGCCUGUCGCCGUAUGCUGCGCGGACAGCGAGCACAAGGAGCCAAAAAAAAAAGAAAAAAGGGGAAGGGACUGGCUUUCUAUCCCGUCGCUCCCCAGCGCAGCACCGAGCAUCCCGACGGCUGCGAGCCCGACCGAGAGGAACACCAGGCGGAGGCGAAGGCGCUGCGAGGAAGCCGCUGCUCCCCUCUCACCGGGUCUGCCGUGGACUACGCCGGACACGGGCCGAACAGCGCUGGACACGGCGAAUAUUUACGUCUCGGACCCCCGGGGGACAGAGGAAGGGAGCGCAGCAGCUCGCUGGACUUAGCCGAGCAGCGUAUCAUCGUCUCCGGUGUGGGACUGGCUGUCGGGUCGCAUGGAGAAGAGGUAUGAAGAGCUGGUGCACUACUCAGGGUCGGAGGGCAUGUCGGUGGGGGGGUACGGGGACGAUGUCAGGCCGUUUCCUCCCCCACAGUACGGACCCCCCGUCCCCGACUCCCUCAAACACCACAAAGACCAGAUCUAUGGUCACCCACUGUUCCCACUGCUGGCCUUAGUGUUUGAAAAGUGCGAGCUCGCCACCUGCUCCCCUCGAGACUCCGCUUCCCUCUCAGCCACCUCCCACCUCCCCGGCAUGACCAAUCACAGCGAUGUCUGCUCCUCGGAGUCCUUCAACGACGACAUUGCAGCAUUUGCUAAGCAGAUCCGUUCAGAGAAGCCCAUAUUUUCUUCCAAUCCUGAGCUGGACAACUUGAUGAUCCAGGCCAUACAGGUUCUUCGCUUCCAUCUGUUGGAGUUAGAGAAGGUGCAUGACCUGUGUGAUAACUUCUGCCAUCGCUACAUCACCUGUCUGAAGGGCAAAAUGCCCACAGACCUCAUCCUGGAUGAUCGGGAGGGCGGCUCCAAGUCUGACAUGGAGGACUUCACUGGAUCCUGCUCCAGUCUGUCAGAGCAGAAUGCGUCAUGGUUACGGGAGCCCGAUGAAUGUGCCACCACUCCUCUGGGAACACCAGGCUGUGGCCUGCCUUCGCUGAGCGCCGGAGACAACUGUAGCGACACAGGCGAUGGUCUGGACGGAGGAGUGGCCUCCCCGAGCACAGGCGAGGAGGACGACUCCGACAGAGACAGGAGGAACAACAAGAAGAGAGGGAUCUUCCCCAAGGUGGCCACAAACAUCAUGAGAGCAUGGCUCUUCCAACAUCUGUCUCACCCGUACCCGUCUGAGGAGCAAAAGAAGCAGCUAUCACAGGACACAGGACUGACCAUCUUACAGGUCAACAACUGGUUCAUCAACGCCAGGAGGAGAAUAGUUCAGCCGAUGAUUGACCAGUCAAAUCGCUCAGGUCAGGGUGGUCCGUACAGCCCAGAGGGAGCAGCUCUUGGGGGCUAUGGGCUCGAUGGACAGGCCCACCUCGGGCUUCGAACUGCAGGUCUCCAGGGGAUGUCUUCUCUGCAGGGCGACUACCCCGGCGCCCUACUGUCCCAACCAGGCUACCCUCCCCACCCGGGACCCUCCCUCCACCCCUACCCGGGUCCACACCCCCAUGCCGCCAUGCUGCUCCACCCGCCACCACACGCACACCCCGCAGAGCCGCUCCUCGCCCAGGGACUGGAUAUACAUGCACACUAGCUGUGGGGGGGGGAGUCGGGGGUGUGUAUGUGAGGGCAAAGUACUGUAUGACUGUGUGUCUGUGAGUGUGUGCGGUGAGAUGUAUAUGUGUGUAUGUGUGUGUGUGCGUGUGUGUAUGCGCGUGUGUAUGUGAGUGCGUGUGUGCUAUGAAUGAGUAAUGAUGCAUACAGAACACUAUUUAAAGAAAAGAGACACAUUGCUCCGAAAGUUUACAUUCCCCACUGAAAGACACUGACCUCAAUGUAGCUGUUCCACUCGGUGACACACACAGAAACAUACACACAUGCGCAUACACACACACACACGCAAGUAGACAUAAACAUAACACACACACAGUCUGGACCCACAGGUUUAAGCCAUACCUCUUUCAGAGUAGAAGUGCUUCCUCCUCUCCAAAUGUCUCCACUGUGUCCUGUGGGUGAGACACAUGCUUUAAACUACACUUCCCAUCAUGCCUGCUGAAACACAGUAAGAGGGUCGAUCAGAUGAAUAUUUAUCCCCAGACAUUGCUGCGGCACAUGGACGUUACUGGAUGGGACUCGAUCCUGUGAACACGCCUUCUUCACAACUCCCUGUCUUCCCUCACAUUUUCUGUCAAAGACACACACACACUUUCACACACACUUUAUUUAAAGCUGAUUUGAGUUUUUUCUUAUUCUAUUUUUGUAUUUAUGUGUGCCACUCCAGGCGGAUGCAGCUUCACGCAAGCUUGUUGAAAUAUUAGUGCUCUUCCUCAGCAUGAAGCUAAACACUAUGAAUGACUUCCAGUCUGCCUCGCUCUCUUACCACUGACCUCCUUAAGAUGCCAACAGGUGUCCGUUACCUUAGGAUCCUUCCUACACACACACACACACACACACACACACACACACACACACACACACACACACAAGACAUACACACAUAAAGCGACACACAACGCUGAAAGCCAUUUCUACACACACGCAUACACACACAAACUUCUGUAAGCAUUUCUAGUACAUUUUUUGUCUGUCACAGCGGUGUGUGAGGGGAGCUGCAGCCAAAGGACUCUUGACACAUUUCAGGCUCCCUCUCCACUCUGCUUGGACUGCUGAAACAUUUCUGAAUGAUGAUGGAAAAUACCGUUAAAGUAUUAAAAUGUUUUUUGUAAGAUUGGUCA